AAUAAAAUAAAAUGGCUGAAUCAAAAUAAACAAAUGAUAAUUUUCAAUAUGAAUCAAGCGAAGAAAUAGAAGUAGUUACAACUUUUGAAAAAAUGAAUUUAAAAGACGAGCUUAUAAGAGGUAUUUUAACCUAUGGAUUUGACAAACCAUCAGCAGUAUAACAAAGAGCAAUAAAGCCAAUAAUAUAAGGAAGGGAUGUAAUAGUAUAAAGUUAAUCCGGAACAGGAAAAACAGGUGUUUUUUGCAUAUCUGCAUUAUAGAUAGUAGACAAAAAUUUAAGAGAACCUUAAAUAUUAAUAGUUUCUCCAACUCGAGAAUUAGCAGAAUAAUCAUAAAAAGUAUGUUUGGCAUUAGGAGAUCAUAUGAAUAUUAUUGUUCAUUGUUGUAUUGGAGGUAAAAGUAUGGAAGAUGAUAAAAAUUCAUUAGAAAAGGGAGUACAUAUAGUAUCAGGAACUCCAGGAAGAAUAUAUGAUAUGAUAUAGAAGAGACAUUUAAGAACCCGAAACUUAAAAAUGUUAAUAUUAGAUGAAGCAGAUGAGAUGCUUUCGAAAGGUUUCAAAUAACAAGUGUAUGAUAUUUAUAGAUAUUUGCCUCAUAAUAAUUAGAAUGUGGUUGUAAGUGCAACUUUACCUUAAGAAAUAUUAGAAAUGACAAAUAAAUUUACAAAUAAUCCAAUUAAAAUAUUGGUAAAAAGAGAUGAAUUAACAUUAGAAGGAAUAAAACAAUUCUUUAUUUCAGUUGAAAAAGAAGAAUGGAAAUUAGAAACUUUAUGUGAUUUAUAUAAUACUAUAACAGUUACUUAAGCAGUUAUUUUUUGUAAUACAAAAAAAAUUGUAGAAUGGCUUGCUGAUUAAAUGACUAAAUAAAACUUCUCCCUUUGUUAUAUUCAUGGUGGUAUGUCUUAAAAAGAAAGAGAUAAAGUUAUGCAUGAAUUCCGAAAUGGGCAAUAUAGAAUUCUUAUUGCUACUGAUAUUUGGGGAAGAGGUCUGGAUGUAUAAUAAGUUUCAGUUGUUAUUAAUUAUGAUCUACCUAGUAAUAGAGAACUUUAUAUUCAUAGAAUUGGUAGGUCAGGAAGAUUUGGAAGAAAAGGAGUAGCUAUUAAUUUUGUGAAAAAUGAAGAUGUCGGAAUUCUUAGAGAUAUUGAAUAGUAUUAUUCAACUUAAAUUGACGAAAUGCCUUUUAAUGUUGCUGAACUUAUUUGAGAUUAAAUAAUAUAUAUAUUUAUAUAUUAUAUCUAUUUUUUUUGU